AUGACACCCUCCUUGCCUUGUCCCAACCGUUGCAGGCGACUUUUCGAUAACCAGCGUCAGGUCUCGGCGCACAAGCGAUACUGCACAAAGACACCGCAGGCGUCGGCCGACCUCAUACAAAAGCGUAAAGCAGAACUCGACGCAGAAGCGGCUCGCAAGAAAAUUCGCCUGGAACAAAACCGUGUCAGUCUUGCCCACCAGGAGCAGCUCCAAACGGGGAUCAUCCCUGCCACUCCAGUGCGACCUGGAGAGCGUUCUUCGCGCUACGGACGACGCAUGCAAACACCUCGUCAUCUUCGAGAUUGUGUUCCCUCCAGCCCAUCCCGGUCAGCUCUCCCUUCACAUCUCGCUGAGGUGUUCCCCCACAUCCCUCAAGUGGACACUUCACCGGGCUCUCCUCUCGGCUUCGGUCACACGUCUGGCUCCGGUUUGACCUUGGACUCCCCUCUUCAAGGCGACGUCUCUCUCCACACGGAUUUCACCCCUUCGGAUGCCACACCUCCAGCCUUCGUCGAUACUCCUCCCGACGACUUCGGUGUUUUCCGAAGAUACUACGGUCGAACACAUCCUCCCUCACAGAUCCCUGAAGAUGCGCAAACCCUCGAAGACGUCUGUGAUGCCCCUGGUCUGCACCCUCCUCGCUCCGAGGAAGAGGCAGCACAAGAACCUACAGUCAAGUGGAUAUCCCGGAACAACGUGGCGGAGGACCCCAAGGUCUGGUACGCUCCUUUCGCAAACCCUUCUCAAGCCAAGCUCGCGAACUGGAAGCAUACGGUGUCAAGCUCCGGCACGAUCUCCACGAGUACGUACGAAGAUCUUUUGACAAUCUGGGACGAGUCUCAGACCGAGAACUGGAGCAUUCGGGAGGACGGGUUCACUGCGCGCAAAUCAGAUCAACUCCUCGACGAUCCUCUUGGCUUCUCGAAGGACGUCUUCUCAGAAGAGUGGAACAAGGACCCCUUUUCCCUCCCUCUCCCAAAGACGAGUACGAAGAAGGGGCUAUCCGAAGCCAACGCUCCUCGCUUCGCUGUCGACGGUGGCGUCACAAGGAACAUAAUGCCCAUCAUUGAAGACGUCGCUACCAACACCACCAGUCGGCACGCCAAGCAGUACCAAUAUGACCCGCACGGACUCUUUUGGAUCCCACCGGGCCAUUCGCGCAAGGCCUCGUCUCGUGCUCAAUCGCCUUCCACGCCCUCUACGCCCUCACGUUCCGAUUCACCUCCCGUUGAUCCUCCAACCCCUAUUCGCAUCUACACAGACGUCGUCAAUUCGCCCGCACUUCUCGCAGAGGAAGAGAAGCUCCGUUCUCUGCCUCGACAGCCACACGACCUGGCCGAAUUGCCAUACGGAAUCCUCCCAAUGAUUCUGUGGUCGGAUGCAACCCAUCUGUCCAGUUUCGGGGACGCCAAACUCUGGCCGGUAUAUCUUUACUUUGCGCAUCUCUGCAAGUACACUCGGGGUCGUCCAACAGAGUUUGCUGCCCACCACAUUGCGUAUAUUCCAUCUCUUCCGGACACAAUCGAGGAGGCAUAUGCAGAUAUAUUCGGGAACCCGCCUACCGAGGAAAUCAUGCGGUUUCUCCGGCGUGAGUUAUUCCAGGAGAUUUGGUUGCGGUUGAUGAAUACCGAUUUCAUGGAGGCCUACGAGAAGGGUGUUGUGUACGAGUGCACCGAUGGGGUGACCCGACGGCUGUUCCCCGGUUCUUCGCAUAUUCAGCGGACUAUCCGGAGAAGAACUCCGGAGGACAUGCAGCGACGCCAGGAGAAGUGCCGAGUUGACGACGUCGACCUACACAAGGUCAUCUCCACCGCUCGUGCAGCACUAUUCAAAGGUAGCUCCAUCAUGAGCAAGAAGGUUCAAGACCUACUUCGGCCUCAGUCUCUCAAUCCCAUCCAAAACGCGUUUUCGCGACGCUUGUCGAAGUUUGGUGUCAAUUCCUAUGAUCUUUUCGCCCCCGAUGUCAUGCAUGAGCUCGAGCUGGGAGUUUGGAAGGGGACUUUCCACCACUUGAUGCGUAUGUUGGAGAGCCUCGGAGCAAACCAUGUUCAGGAGUUCAAUAAUCGCAUGCAACAGAUGCCGACGUUUGGCAACGGCCGACUUCAGAUGUUCCGAGAGAAUGUGUCCUCUCGUAAGGGCCUUGCUGCUCGGGACUACGAGUCGUUCCUUAUUACCAUGAUGCCGGCGAUGGAAGGAUUACUACCUCUUGCUGACAACGAGGUUGUUCAAGACAUGCUGUUUGAACUGGCCAACUUCCAUGCUCUAAGCAAGCUUCGAAUGCAGACCGAUGUGACACUCGACAUCAUGGAUGAUGCUACAACCCACAUGUACGACUCAAUGCGCCGUUUCGCGACCAUGGCUGGAGGCUACGUCUGUGUGGAAAGCGAGGAAGAAGCAAAAGCCCGGGAGCUUCGUGAGGCCCAGAAUACCUCCACUGCACCGUCGUCUGCUCCCACUGCCUCAGGAUCAGCAACAGCUCUUGCACAGUCACCAGAGCCAACAACAGUCUCUGUGCGCCUCACAAGUGCGCCGAAGAAGACGAGGGGCUCUCGCAGGAAGCCCAUUCCGAAGAAGGCCAAGCAUCCUGCCGAAGACCUGAUCCACAACCAGCCUUGUGCCCCUUCGGUGGCUCCGACACUCGCUGAACCCAACCCUGCAACUGGCACAUCAACCCACUCCAAGGCUAGCAGUGCUCCUGCGGACGCUCACGAGCACUACGAGAUCGGAGACUCUGACAAGACUCGUGUCAGGAUACGCGACUGGGUUAUUGACCACUUUGAGGACCCUGCAACAAAGGGCUUCAUACCUUGUUUGCACGAGCAUCUGCUUGGUCGCAUGCUUGGGCAACGAGAGGCGACACUACAUCCCGACUCACCCUUCACAUUCACACAAGAGGAGCAUAACGGGUUCAAGUCAUCGAUGCAAGACUGCAUCAACCCACGCACCCAUGGUGAUAUCAUGAUGCUUGCCCCCAACGAUGCCUCUCAUCCAUAUCUCUAUGCCCGGGUCAUCAAAACAUGCUUCAAGUUCCUCCAGGUCCGUUGGUUCGAGGUUGAUGACCAGUACACAACCGGUUUCCUCCAUCGUCGCCAAUUUCGCCUCAAGUUUGUCGACCACACACAAUAUCCAGAGUCUGCUUUUGGAUUUGUCGACCCCGCUGACGUUCUCCGUUCUGCAUACAUUGUUCCUGCCUUUGACCAUGGAAAGGUCGACGCCUCCCUCCCUGACGACUCCCUUGCACGCUGCAAAUCCAAAGUUUCCCUCUACCGGUAUUACUAUGUGAUGAUGUUCGCCGACCGCGACAUCUUCAUGCGCCACCUUGGUGGUGGUGUGGGUCAUCAAAGCGAGGGCAUACAUGUCGAGGAUUCUCUUGAGCAUGCACAACGCGCCCCGCGACCUCGGUCCCGUCAUUGGGAAGACACAAAUGGCGCACGACUCGUGGGCAAGAACGUCGAACACACUCGGGAUGACAUCAACUUGAUGCCUGACGAGGCUCCCGGUUCCCCCAUCCCAGAUAGUACCGCACUGGUGGGCCCUCAAGAUACGACGAUUCAAGCUGAGCAACCCGACCUCAUUGCUGAACAGCCAGCCGAAGCAUCCGAUGAGGAUCAGUGCGAAGCCCUUGAAGACGCGCUUGCAGGGCUUCCAGAGUUUGACGACGAUGACGACGACUGCUGCAUGCAUGAUGAAGGCACUCUGGAUGCUCUCGACGGACUUGCGACGGGCUUGGAAGUAGCGGGCGUAGGUGGGGAUGAAGAAGAUCUCGACGAAUUCGAUGUCAUUGGCUACGUGCGGUGGUGA